AUGUGGCCCACGCCACACGCCUCCGACAACCUCAAAACGACCGCCGACUCGUCUCCUCCCUCUCCUUUCCCCCAAAAAUUCCCUCCUUCGCCUUCCACCUUCGUCAUGGACCCCCCACCUUGCUCAUAUGACCCCCCACCUUCCCCCGAUUCCGACGACUCGGGCCGACCACCCCACAGGCCUCCCUACUACAACCACUCGUACGGCGAAAAACGACUCGUCCGCUUACUCGAGGACAUCCACGACGACAUGGAUUGCAAAUGGCUUCCCCCGCGUCCCACUGGUCCUUCAUCCUCGCUCAGGCAGCUGGUCAAUUUGCCUCUCGAUCCAAGCGCGCAGUUCCCUGGUCCCUUCACCCCUCCCACCCUCCUCAAAAACGCCAUCACGGAGGACUCUCCCGACGCGUACCAGAUCCCAAUCGACCAAAGGGUCAUCGACUGGUCCAACAUGUAUGCCCUGCAGUGGGACCCGUCUCUCCGAGACUUAUUACGCCCAAUAUGCCAAGAUCGACUCGCCCUCGCCAACGGCAUCAGGGAGGUGACCCUCUUAGGCUACCUGAACGGAAUAUCCGAGCCAGACAACCCCGAAUUCCUCAUCCACUUUCAACAUUACGAUCCCUGGACGGUCAGCACCAGACUCAUCGGCAGAAUUCGAUGGGCCCUUACGAACUUGUCGGCCGGCGCAGAGUACUACUUCACCUACAGGGCGAAGCUCACUUAUUCUCUCUCUCUCAAGCACCCCCCACCUCCAUGUCGUGUCAAUCGUCCUUCGCAGCCCCGAUGGGAGGAUAUCUGA